UUUAAAUAAAACUUGUCGACUUACUUUUAGUUCAAAUUCUUCCGUUUAACACGAGAAACCUCGCUCAAAAGUUGAAAAAGUUUUGCAGCAACUCGACACACAGUUCUGCAGCCCCGUGGAGACAGAUCAGGAUGAAGAAACUUGCAUGGAGCGCGUGAAAGGACGCGGUGUCUCACUAAAGCUGCAGAGAUGAGGGUGAAACUGCAGGUAUGCCUCUUCAGGAAUGGAUGCGGUCGCUUCGCUCACAUGCAGGACUCAAAAGAUCUGAGCUGGAGGACCUCUGGAGUCUUCUUCCACCUGUGCCCGUGUCCUCCAUCUCCCUGUCCACAUCCUCUCUGCUGGGCUUAGGAGCCCUGGCCUCCGUCACGGCGUACUGGCUGGUGACCCGUCCUCGGCCGCUACAGCCUCCCUGUGAUCUUCAGGCCCAGUCGGUUGCUGUCGGUGGAAAUCCAAGCUGCAGGAGGUCAGCCCUUUUAAAGGAUGACACCCUGCUGGAGUUUUACUAUGACGAUGUGAGGACGGCUUAUGAUCUGUUCCAGAGAGGCCUGAGGAUCACAGGAAAUGGCCAGUGUCUGGGUUACAGGAAACCGGGUCAGCCCUAUGAGUGGAUCUCCUACACUGAGGUGGCUCAGCAGGCUCAGUGGAUUGGCUCUGGCCUCUUGGCAAAAGGCUGCCUGCCCACCCCGGAGCAAUACAUCGGCAUAUUUGGGCAAAACAAACCUGAGUGGGUCAUUUCAGAGUUAGCCUGCUACACUUACUCCAUGGCGGUGGUUCCUCUGUACGACACGCUGGGGACAGAGGCCAUGGUCCACAUCAUCAACCUCGCUGAGAUGUCACUGGUGAUCUGUGACCAGGAGCAGAGGGCAGCAUCUCUGCUGCACAUCAAGGAGAAGGGCUUGACUCCAAAACUGUCCUGCCUGGUUCUCUUCACCAGCUUCAGCCAGGCCUUUGCUGAGAGGGCAAAGAAGUGCCAUGUGGAGGUUUUGAGACUGGAUGAGCUCAUGGAACUGGGAAGGCAGAACCUCAAAGAUCCUGUGCCGCCCCAGCCUCAGGAUCUGGCAGUGGUUUGCUUCACCAGUGGAACCACAGGGAAACCCAAGGGAGCCAUGAUCACCCACGGCAACAUCGCCUCCAAUACUUCCUCUGUCAUUAAGAUCCUGGAGGGUUUUUUUGUGAUCCGCCAUGACGACGUGUCAAUCUCUUACCUGCCACUCGCUCAUAUGUUUGAGAGGAUGAUUCAGCUCACAAUGUUCUGCUUUGGAGCCAGUGUAGGGUUUUAUCAAGGGGACAUCACUCUUCUCAUGGACGACAUGAAGACUCUCAAACCUACUUUCCUCCCUGUUGUGCCACGUCUUCUCAAUCGCAUCUACGACAAGAUCCUGGCCUCCACGAAGUCCCCGUUUCGAAGGGCUCUGCUUCACUUUGCCGUGCAGAGGAAGCAGGCGGAGCUCAGCAGGGGGAUCGUGCGGAACAACAGUCUGUGGGAUAAGCUGAUUUUUAACAAGAUUCAAGCGAGUUUGGGAGGCAACCUGCGGUUCGUCCUGACGGCCUCAGCACCCAUCUCCUCCACAGUGCUGUCCUUCCUCAGAGCCACUUUAGGCUGCUUGAUAUUUGAAGGUUAUGGACAGACGGAGUGCACCAGCGGGUGCACGUUCUCCAUGCCGGGGGACAGUAGCACAGGUCACGUUGGUGCUCCUUUACCUUGUGCCAUGGUGAAGCUGGUGGACAUCCCUGAUAUGAAUUACUAUGCUAAAAAUGGAGAGGGAGAGAUCUGUAUUCAGGGCCCAAGUGUGUUCAGAGGCUACCUGAAGGACCCGGAAAGGACGGCAGAGGCUUUGGACAGCGAGGGCUGGCUUCACACUGGAGAUGUGGGCCAGUGGCUAAAAAACGGCUCUUUGCGAAUCGUCGAUAGAAAAAAGCACAUCUUCAAGUUGUCCCAGGGGGAGUACAUUGCCCCAGAAAAGAUAGAGAACAUCUACAUGCGUUCCACUCCUGUGCUGCAGGUGUUUGUCCACGGAGACAGUUUACAGUCUUAUCUGGUUGGGAUUGUUGUGCCCGACCCAGAAGUUUUUGUUGACUGGUCUAAAGAGAGAGGCUUCAUGGGGUCCUACAAGGAACUCUGCCAAAAUCCUGAUGUAAAGAAUGCAGUACUAGAGGACAUGAGAGGUGUGGGGAAGGAAGCCGGGUUGAAGUCCUUUGAACAGGUAAAGGAUCUUUAUUUGCAUCCAGAGAUGUUCAGCAUCGCCAACGGCCUUCUCACGCCGACCCUGAAAAGCAGACGCAACGACAUCCGCCAAGUCUUCCAGGAACAGCUGUCAAGCAUGUACAGCAAGACGCCACUUUGACUCAAAACACCAGACGCCAACGUCCAUAAAAGGAAAACAUAAGCUGAGUUUUGGAGGGAAGAAAAUAGUCCCCAAAUUCCUGUAGUGCUUACAAGAGAAACCCACCUGUUGAGCAUGUUGCUGCUUUAAAAGAGAUUCUUUUUCCUCUUUUCUCAGAUUUCUCUCCAUUCCAGUGUCAUUUAAAGUUUACUCCAUGACUCACAAGAACAUGUUUUGGGAACACCAAUUCUUUAAUUGUAGAAUCACAUCAUAAAAAGUCACCCAGAGUCAUAAAAAUAACAUUGUCUUUACAUUGCACUAUUUUCCUAAGCAACCAUGUAAGGGAAUGUGUUGUGUGUACAUGGUUCUUCUUGAACAUGCACUAACUGGAGGUUUGUGCGCUACAGUAACCCAUCAUCAUCGUGAAUAUGGCUGUGGUACUAGCUAAUCCUAUUAAUGAUUUCAUCACAGAAAACGGGAAAAUAUGCAUCCUAAUCUACAGCGAAUUGUAAUAAAUAAAAAAAUAAACUAUUACAACUGGA